AUGGCUUACCGAAAUGAUUCAAUGAGAGCUGAGAACCCAGUCCAAAACCUCUACUUCAAGAAGGUGGUUGUCUUAAUUAUUGAAACACAGUGCAAAAAUGAUACUGAAGCUCUAAUACACAUAGCAUACAAUAAAUCAAUUACAAGGAGGAUCAUUGCUAAGAGGAACACUAAGUGUAAGCUGAAUGAAUACAGUUUACAUGAUGAGUGUUGCAAGAAAUGUGAACGUGGUUUUGUUAAAAAAACCGUCUGCCCAAAAGAUAUUAACAAAGACUGUAGUCUAUGUAAAAAUGGAAAAGAGUACAUGGAUCAUGACAACGAUUUGGACAAAUGUUUGAGGUGCUCUUCAUGUGACAGGAUAUUAGGUUUGGAGGUUGCAAAGAACUGUACCCCAACAAAGAACACGAAAUGUACCUGUGCGAAGAACCAUUUUUGCAAUUCUUCUAUACCAUGUGGGCACUGUGAUCGAUGUAGCACAUGUGAAGGUGGCGUAAUUGAAAAACAAUGUACUUCAACUUCAGACACUGUGUGCAGAAUGAAAGAAACAGGAGUGCUAUGGUGGCCCAUUGCUUUGAUAGCUGUGUUAUCACUACUAGCAGCUGGAGUAAUAUUCUGGUACAGGAGAAAAUGGAAGGGUCUUACUAGGAAGGAGAAAACAGAGGCCUCCACGAUAGAGGCUUCUUAUGAGAAUGUACAACUCCUAUACACAGAUGUUGACCUGAGCAGCCAUGUUGCUGGUAUUGUGGAGGAGAUGACACUCCAAGAAGUCAAGACAUUUGUUCGUAAUCACAAAGUACCAGAACCUGUCAUAGAUCAAACUGUUCGGGAUUAUGUUAGUGAUACAUCUGAACAGAAGAUUAAGCUGUUUCAAGUCUGGUAUCAAAGACAUGGGAUAAAAGGAGCCUAUGGAACCCUAAUAAGGAGCCUGAGAGAGUUUAAAAUGUGCGCUGCAGCUGAUAAAAUAGAGGAAAAAUUGAAGGCAGCUGUUUCCAGCUGUCAAGAAGGGGGACAGUCUUAUAAUGAUGACACUGAGCAAAGCAAAACCUGCACUCAGGAAGGUAGAAACUCCUAUGAUGAUAGUGCUGAGCUAAGUAAAACCUAUUCUGGUAGUUUGGAAGAGACAUAG